GUCUCAACGUCAAUUUGCUCGAAAAAUACGGAAGACUUUUGGCAUGUAAAAUAAAAAUUAAAGACGUUAGACCAUAGUUGUGUACAUUUCACGACCUCGCUGAAUAUUUCAUAAUACAUCACAACAAUUUCAAGGCCCGUGCUAGUACGGAAGGAGUAUUUUAACCUCAAAAUCAUGAGUAUAAGGAGUCUGUUAUUCAACGAUGUUAUAAAAAAGUCUAUUUACAAACAGCAUCGACUUUUUUCGUGUUGGUCUUGUGGGAAGGAUGUUCAGAGGGUGGUCCCUGCGUUGUUCUGCGGCCACUGCAAUGCUAUACAGCACCCUAUGAAAGGGGAGAACUAUUUUAAACUGAUGGGAGUAAGUGAGUCAUACGACCUGGAUGAAAAUGUAUUGGCGAAGAAGUAUAAGGAAUUACAGAGAUAUUUGCAUCCGGAUAAAUUCGCUAGUAGAGCGAAACAAGAACAGGAAAUAUCAGAGAGAUAUUCUUCCCUUGUGAAUGAAGCCUACAAGACAUUGUUAGAACCAUUAACUAGAGGUAUAUACAUGCUGCGUCUAAGAGGCAAAGACAUUCCGGAGAACACAGAAGUUGACCAACAAUUCCUCAUGGAGAUUAUGGAGAAGAAUGAAGAAGUAGAAAGCGCUGAAUCCGAAGAAGAAAUCAUGGCCUUAAACAAAGAAAACAAAGCCAAAAUAAAAAAGCUACAAAAGCAAGUAUCCACAGCGUUUUUUGAGGGGGAUUUAAAAAGAGUUAUCAAAUUAUUAGGUAUCAUGAAAUAUUAUACAAGCAUAGACAAUCAGAUACAGACGUCGAUUCGAAGCAAAGGAAUUAUACGAUAAAGCCAUUGAUCUGAUGACAAUUAAAAAAGACAAAUUGAUUGUAAAAUGUUUGUAAAUAAUUAUUGAUAGUUUAUUUGUUGUGAUAAGUUUUGAGCGAAAAUUAUAUAUCGUUAUUGCAGUUUA